AAUGCUCUCAUACCACACCAUCAGCAAUGCUACUCUCAUACCACACCAUCAGCAAUGCCACUUUCAUACCACACCAUCAGCAAUGCUACUUUCAUACCACACCAUCAGCAAUGCCACUUUCAUACCACACCAUCAGCAAUGCUACUUUCAUACCACACCAUCAGCAAUGCUACUUUCAUACCACACCAUCAGCAAUGCCACUUUCAUACCACACCAUCAGCAAUGCCACUUUCAUACCACACCAUCAGCAAUGCCACUUUCAUACCACACCAUCAGCAAUGCUACUUUCAUACCACACCAUCAGCAAUGCUAUUCUCAUACCACACCAUCAGCAAUGCCAACUUCAUACCACACCAUCAGCAAUGCCAACUUCAUACCACACCAUCAGCAAUGCCACUUCCAUACCACACCAUCAGCAAUGCUACUUUCAUACCACACCAUCAGCAAUGCUACUCUCAUACCACACCAUCAGCAAUGCUACUUUCAUACCACACCAUCAGCAAUGCUACUUUCAUACCACACUAUCAGCAAUGCCACUUUCAUACCACACCAUCAGCAAUGCCACUUUCAUACCACACCAUCAGCAAUGCCACUUUCAUACCACACCAUCAGCAAUGCCACUUUCAUACCACACCAUCAGCAAUGCUAUUCUCAUACCACACCAUCAGCAAUGCCAACUUCAUACCACACCAUCAGCAAUGCCAACUUCAUACCACACCAUCAGCAAUGCCACUUUUAUACCACACCAUCAGCAAUGCCACUUCCAUACCACACCAUCAGCAAUGCUACUUUCAUACCACACCAUCAGCAAUGCUACUCUCAUACCACACCAUCAGCAAUGCUACUUUCAUACCACACCAUCAGCAAUGCUACUCUCAUACCACACCAUCAGCAAUGCCACUUCCAUACCACACCAUCAGCAAUGCUACUUUCAUACCACACCAUCAGCAAUGCUACUUCCAUACCACACCAUCAGCAAUGCUACUUCCAUACCACACCAUCAGCAAUGCUACUUCCAUACCACACCAUCAGCAAUGCCACUUCCAUACCACACCAUCAGCAAUGCCACUUCCAUACCACACCAUCAGCAAUGCUACUUUCAUACCACACCAUCAGCAAUGCCACUUCCAUACCACACCAUCAGCAAUGCCACUUUCAUACCACACCAUCAGCAAUGCCACUUCCAUACCACACCAUCAGCAAUGCUACUUUCAUACCACACCAUCAGCAAUGCUACUUUCAUACCACACCAUCAGCAAUGCCACUUCCAUACCACACCAUCAGCAAUGCUACUCUCAUACCACACCAUCAGCAAUGCCACUUCCAUACCACACCAUCAGCAAUGCCACUUCCAUACCACACCAUCAGCAAUGCCACUUUCAUACCACACCUUCAGAAAUGCUGUUCUCAAGCCACACUGUCGGCAAUGCCACUCUCAAGCCACACUCGGCAAUGCCACUCUCAAGCCACACUGUCGGCAAUGCCACUCUCAAGCCACACUGUCAGCAAUGCCACUCUCAAGCCACACUCGGCAAUGCCACUCUCAAGCCACACUGUCGGCAAUGCCACUCUCAAGCCACACUGUCAGCAAUGCCACUCUCAAGCCACACUCGGCAAUGCCACUCUCAAGCCACACUGUCGGCAAUGCCACUCUCAAGCCACACUGUCAGCAAUGCCACUCUCAAGCCACACUGUUAGCAAUGACACUCUCAAGCCACACUGUUGGCAAUGCCACUCAAGCCACACUGUCAACAAUGCCACUCUCAAGCCACACUGUUGGCAAUGCCACUCUCAAGCCACACUGUUGGCAAUGCCACUCUCAAGCCACACUGUCAGCAAUGCCACUCUCAAGCCACACUGUUGGCAAUGCCACUCUCAAGCCACACUGUUGGCAAUGCCACUCUCAAGCCACACUGUUGGCAAUGCCACUCUCAAGCCACACUGUCAGCAAUGCCACUCUCAAGCCACACUUGGCAAUGCCACUCUCAAGCCACAAUGUUGGCAAUGCCACUCUCAAGCCACACUGUCAGCAAUGCCACUCUCAAACCACACUGUUGGCAAUGCCACUCUCAAGCCACACUGUUGGCAAUGCCACUCUCAAGCCACACUGUUGGCAAUGCCACUCUCAAGCCACACUGUCAGCAAUGCCACUCUCAAGCCACACUGUUGGCAAUGCCACUCUCAAGCCACACUGUUGGCAAUGCCACUCUCAAGCCACACUGUUGGCAAUGCCACUCUCAAGCCACAAUGUCAGCACUGCCACUACUUUAGAACCACAUCUUGUUUUAAAGCCAUGUCAUCUUAUGUUCCUGAUGACACUGAAGACACUCAGAACAUUGUAUUUCUUUAAGCCAAUUUCAGUGUUUUGUUAAUUAGAUUUCUUGCUGAAGAAACAUGCUUGGAAUAAAGACCCUUGAACAUGGGACUGUGUUUGACAGGUGAAAUAACUAGGUUUGCAAGAAAUGCAGCAAAGAAUAUUGACAUACACAAGCAAUGAACACUAAGAACUGUAGAAAUAAGUUUACAGCUCUAAUAAAUUGAUGGCAUUCAGGUUUUUGGAGAAGUUAUACUGUAUUUACUUGACAUUAAUUUCAGCACUGUCUUCUUACAUUCCGUACUACUAAUACCUCAAUGCAGAUAUGGAAGAGCACUAUUAAAGUUUAUUAUAAGCUGAGAUUUUGCAAGUAUCAGCAAAGUAACUUUUCAUGUGAUAGCAAGGGACAACUGCACUUUCAUGGGGUUCUACAGUAACCAAAAAGUUGCAAGACUAGAUUAACCUACUAUUUUCCUUGAUAAGUGUGUAAUAAAUGCAAACAUCCACCACCAUAUGAGAACUUCUUGGUAAUUUUUAUAUAAUACACUAGCAAGCCUCUUAGGCAUCAGACUAUAGCUUGUCUCUGAUUUCAAGGUCAGUGCCUUCACAGAUGUUGGAGGGAGUCAAGAUGUUGGUCCCUCUUACUUUCUCCCAUUUCUGGUAAAUUGUAUGCCAUCUUAUAUAACCUGCCUCUUCUUACUUAGACUUCAAGGAUUGUUGGAAAGAAGGUGACUGGAAAGAAAAUACCUUAUGUCACAUUAUAUCAAGCAUUUAUUUAUCAAUAGAAAUUAUUGGAGCAUACGAGUCUGUAUAAGGAAGCAUUUUUGCACUACUCAUGACAGCACCUUCUGUGUCACCUGGCCCAAAUUCAACUUUGUGUCCAUCUCUGUAUGUUUAAGAAAGACCACACCUACAGACAAGCUCAUAAGAGAUGAGUUUGUAGAGAAUACCUCGAUCACAGACAGAACUCAAAACAAGAUUCAGGAUGGAAUUUUAAAAGUGCCUGCUAUCAUGAGUUGCAUGAAAAUUGCUAAUCUACACAAAAUUUGUUGCAAUAUUUUCUUUCAAUCAAAGCAUGCUUUAUGUAAAGAGAGAAUUGUCAUCUUUUCCUUUCAAUUUUCUUUCCCAUUCUUCUUAAAGUAAAAAUAAGAAAUGGCAGUCUAUAAUUGUAGGAGUGAUAUACCAAUGGCUGGAGAGGGUAGUGGGGAACCCAGGUCUAUCCUGCCCCUCCCAAGAGCUGGGAAGGAGCCUGACUGCAAUUAAUGACAAACUAUAACCUGAUGUCUAAGAGACUUGCCAGUGAUGGUAAUGGAUGCACACAUUUAAUAUAGACUCUUAUCAAGGAAAAUAGGUGGCACCUAGUCUUGCAACUUUCCAUGAUUACUGCGGACUUCAAAUCACUAUACAGUAUAUGUGCAUUGUUAUGUGGUGUUUGAACCUACAACAAACACAUCACAGCAGGUUUGCAAUAUUAUACUUUUAAUGAAUUGUGUAUUUGCAAAAGAUAUGGAAAGAAUUUUUUCUUUUUCACAUUGAAGGUUUUUUAAAUAAGGAUAUUAUGGGAAAAUGAAGGAAAAACACUGAAUAAACAAUGUAACUCAUAGAAAUUAUUUGUAAAAAGUCUGACCAAAUUAAGAUUUGUCUGAUAGUUAUGAUACUCGUCUUCAUAAUACAUAUACUAAUGAAGACCAAGCAGAGACACACUAAUGGUGGACUUUCAAAAUGUAGUUCUGUGUAUUUAUAUACUAGACUGGCAAUCCUACACACAUUGGUGCCCCAGACAAGGCAACCCCAUUCAGACACCCAUCCUUCACACUCUUAGAACCAUCAGCCCUCAGUGAAAAGGAAAAGUCUCAUGAAUCAUUAUUAUAGUCCAGGAGCUCAGAUAUAACACAACUGGCCACAUAUAUACAAAGGUUAUCACUGCCCCUUCAUAAUGAGAUUCCCUUACUCUGCUCCUACCAUAACCCUGUGAGCAUGGCGCAUCCAGUUUACUUUUUGCUGUGUUCUGCACAGUAACUGGGUCUAUAUGAUAAUAGUCUCACCACUGUUGCUCUUCGUUUGCUUCUAUCACACACACAGUUACUCAUGCUUGUUGCAGUCAUUCUCCUCUCAUUCAGUAUUCUCUUCACUAUUUAUCCACUCUAGGGAUGGCCUUCCUCUUCACUUUUCAUAGUACAUAUCUGAACAAAUUAUUCUUUACUAAUCAAUCACACCACCAACUUGCUUAUCAUGCCCUACUCUUUACAUAGAAACUAUUUACACCUAAUAUCCUGGCUCUAAUUUCAUAAACUUUCAGAACAUCCCAUUGUCCUUUCCUGUCGAGAUAUAUACUUUCUCUAAAUCCACAAAAGUAAAAAAGAUUUACUUUCCUAAAAAAUUAGUCAUGCAAUUUAGGAAAGAUCUUGUCUACACAAUCCUUUGUAAAACCACCCUGUUCCUUUUGGAUGGCAUCUUCUGUGUGUGUGUGUGUGUGUGUGUGUGUUUUUUUUUUUUUUUUUUUUUUUUUUUUUUUUGUUAAUGAAUUUUUUCUUUUCUUUUUAUUCUCUAUCAGCACCUUACCAUACACCAUUUCUAUCACACUCGACUGAUUUGUUCCCUUAUAAACUGGAGCAUUCCCGUUAGUCUUUGCUAUCCUCCAUGAGUUAGAGUAACUGGUGCAACAUCCUACUCAUAUUCUUGACUGUCGUAAAGAUAUAACUAGUAUUCUUGACCUUUUUCUAGCAUCUAAUCCUUUUACUUAUGCUAUCACUCUGUCUUCAUCUAUGUCUUUUUCCUAUUGCUCAUAUUCAUCCUCAACAUUGCCUAAAGUAUUGCACUUUUUGCCUCUGCUAAUUUAAGGGACCUGUUAUUACCAUUAUUUUCAUUGGAAUGACUCUUGCUUCUGUGUCAGAAACACUCUGACAUGGAAACAGUUCACUCUUUCUCUUGACCUAAAUCUCCCGAACCUUGACUGUGUAUCUUUUAGUUGGUUUGUGACAAAGUUUUAAAGCAAAAGUUGAAAAAUUAAGGCAUGGUAGCAUCACCAGCUCCUUCCAUUUAAUGCCAUUUCAUAUCCUGGGUAAAAGUUAAUAGAUGAUGUUAUUCACUGAUAUCAUCCAGACAUUUGUUCUUUGUCAGUAAGUGUAUAUAAGACACCAACUGCUGGAGGCGAGCAACGUUCAUGAUGAAGGGACAGUAUAUAAUUAUAUGCUUAAGGAUUCUUCUGAUCUUUUAUACAUUGUUUCCUUUUAUUUCCAUUGUUUAUCUUUCCUUACUACACAGCCAUGAGGAGGCCAAAAAGUAGGAAGAAAAUUUUUCUUAAGGCUUCACACCAUGUGAAGCCUUAAGAAAAGUGAAGCCUCCUCAUUUACCAGAUUUGAUGACAUCUAAGAUGCACUCUUUAUUAUGGAAAUGGCUGAAAGAAUCAUCCUGCAUCUUAUGCAAAUGUUUGUAGGGCAACAACAUGACAUUGCUCUAUUGAGAAUUUACGGUACAGUGUACUGGCAGAUAACGAAACACCUACAGCAAGUUGUUCCUGUGGCUCAAGCAUACAUGAUGAUGUUAGUGAUGAACUGUUUAUAUGUAAUGAUAAAAGUGAUAAUGACAGUGAUGAUGAAACAGAUAUAAAUGCAGGUGAAAAAGAAUACAACAGUGUAAAUGACAGUGAAUGCACAGCUCUGUCAUUCCUUGUGACUAGCCAAGUGGUAGGAGGCAUGUGGGUGUCUGAGCUGUAGCUUGAUCCACGUGGGGCUACUUGAUACACCCUUUACUGCAGCCUCUGGUUCAGUACAUGCCCCUUCUCAAGACAUUUAACUUAUUGACUGUUUCCAGCUUUUUCUUUUAGUGAUGACAUAAUUGCUCUAAUUGCUGCCUGAUCAAUAAAUACAAGCAGAGCAGAGGAUAAAAAUAAAAUUGCAGUUUAACUCAGAAGGAGGAACAGGUCUUGUGUCCACUUACGGAUAAAACAAGGUAAGACUAGAGUAAUAUAGUCCUCUUUCUAGAUGCUACCCAUUGUAUUGUAAGUCUUAAAAAAUACUGAAUAUCAUCACUAUAAUACCGUAAUUUAGAAAUUAAAGGAAUAUCAUUUUUCACAGGAAGGAUACAGCUGCCAUUACUUUCAUAUUUUUAAAGAACAGCUUAUUACCAUUAAAAUGAUGCACAGUUUUUCAUAUUUCUAGUUACAGUGGACCCUCAGAACUUGAACACAAUGCAUUCCUGAAGGCUGUUCCAAGACCUAAUUGGUUGAGAUCCAAAACUAUUUUCCCCAUAGGAAACAAUGUACACUACGCACCAAUGAAUUGUUCGCCACUUCACAACAGAUCACUUCGCGAGGGCCUUAAGAUAAUUUCCUGUAGUAUGGCACCAUAUUGAUUUAUGCAAGGUAUCAUGCAUUUGGGAACAUGUUUAAAGUACAAGCAGUCCAUGAAAACCAUUGAUGGACUGUCAGAUGACAUUUGUCAGAUAUUAAUAAAACAUUUGUAAGAGUAUCGCCUCAUUUUCCGCCUGUAACUUGAGCAGAUACGCCUUGACACAACUCACCUUUUCUUCAUAAUGGAAGGCAAGAAAGACUUGACAAAGGACCAGAUAAAAGUUACUUUGUCUUUACACAAGGCAGUAAGGCCAGUGAGAGAAAUAGCCAGGAUUGUGGGUGUUACAAGGAGAUGUGUGCAAAAGUGGAUACGAAAGUUUCGUAUGGAAGGCGGGGUGGCAACACCAGAACAGAAAAAGAGGCCUGGGCGAGGACGUAAAACUUCAUCAUGCACAAUAAAUGUUGUGAAGCGUCAGGUGGAUGCUUUUCCUCAAAUCACAGCAAGGGAAUUAAAAGAACAAAACCCUCAGCUGCUCGGGCAAGUGUCUGUGAGGACGGUACAGCACUGCCUGCACGAUGACCUUGAGUUCCGCAGACACCGCGCUCUCAAGAAGCCACUCACCACCCUAGGCAACAAGAGCUUAGGGUUGCAUUUGCCACUAAAUAUCUCCAGUGGGAUAUGGCAAAAUGGCAGUAAGUGUUAUGGAGUGACGAAGCUGUUUUCACGGUGUCCUGCAACCAUGGCAAGCAUGUGUACCGGCAACCAGGGAGUGACCCACUUGACACAAAAUUUAUAUUUCAGACUGAAAAGCACCCUGAUUCAGUGAUGGUGUGGGCCUGCUUCAGGUAUCAUGGUGUAGGAAAUUUAGUGUUUUUGCCAAGAAAUGAAAACAUGAAUCAGAACAAUUAUUUGGAACUUUUAUGUGACUUUUUGCCCGGGUCUUUUGAAAUGUGCAAUGCUACUGUGUUCAUGCAGGAUGGAGCUCCAUGUCACAGGGCAAAAUCCAUCCUGACAUGGCUUCAGAACUGCCAGAUUGACUUUUUGGAGGACUGGCCACCCAAAUUCCCUGAUCUGAACCCUAUUGAAAACAUCUGGUCCAUCAUGAAGAGGCGCUUGCAGAGGAGGGAUAUCUCCGACAUAACGAAGCUGCGGACGGCCAUCAAGGAGGAAUGGCAUAAUCUAAAUCAAAUAACCCUCAAAAACCUGGCUGAAUCUCUUCCUUCAUGGCUUCUAAAGUGUAUAAGGAGGAAAGCCCAUCAAUUACUAGUUUCCUCGUAAGUAUUAUAGUACUUAUGUUUUCUCCAUUCUAAGUGCAUUCUACCACCUGUGGUGUCACGGCAAACAAUUCAUUGGCGCGUAGUGUAAAUGAUUCUAAUCAUUCCAAGACCUUAGAUUCUUAUCUAGGUAAAUGUAAAUUGAACUAAAAUGGAUAUUACUUAUCUUUUGGCAACAAGUUUUAUAGUGUGUGUAGAUGGUGGUGAGGGAGCUACAUACACAUGCAGGGCAUAACAGACCUUAUAGUUCCAACUAGUUUUGAUUUCAGUGAAGGAAUCUUUGCUUGGGCAUUAAAAGAUCCUUUGGCAACAUUGGUUGUUUUCAUAGCAACUUUGUUUUUAAUUAUGAUACUAAUGGUUGACUUAGCCACAGUGACUAUGCCCAACCAUAACAAACAGAGAUGUACAACUAAUGCAUCUCGACCUCUGUUGGCCAGUAUCAGCUGGCCAAGGUCUGAUUUUUUAUUGGCCUCUGGUGAUAUAAUUUAUUGAAUUUUUUGGUUGGAGUCCAAAUUGUACGAGGUUCAAUGAGUUCAAGGUCCAGGGGAUCCACUGUACUAUCGUAAUGUAUCAAAUUGAUAAAAGGUGUAAAAAAAAUUAAAUAAAUUAGAACACCUUCACUCACUUAUGUACACUUAUCCUUGUUUUCUUUUCAUCUACAGGGUAUAUAUAAUGGUUAAAUUGACAUACUGUAAGACUGGCAUUAAACUCCACCAUCUCC